CGCUGCGUCCCGUCCCUGCCUUAAUCCCGCCCCCGUGGCGGGAAAAGCGAGCCGGGCAGGGGGUGUAUCCCAGCGCUUUAACCCAGCCAAUCAGCGCGGGGCUUGGCAGCGCCGUAGCCAAUCGCUGAGCCCCGUCCUCGCGGUGAUGGCGGCGGCCGAGGACGCGGCUCCGGUGCUGAAGGAGGGACCCGGGGAGCGCCCGGUCCCGUCGGUGCCUCCGGAUCCCAAGGAGCAGGAGCCGGAGCCGGGGGGGGGGAUCCCCGGGGCCGCCCCCCCCCAAGCCCGGCCCCGGAGCAGCAGCAUCGUGGUCAGCCCGCGGCAGCGAGGGAACCCGGUGCUGCGCUUCAUCCGCAACGUCCCAUGGGAGUACGGGGACGUCGUCGCCGACUACGUCCUGGGGCAGAGCUCCUGCGCCCUCUUCCUCAGCCUGCGCUACCACCACCUUCACCCCGAUUACAUCCAUCAGCGCCUGCGGGAGCUGGGCCGGGGCUUCGUGCUGCGGGUGCUGCUGCUGCAGGUGGACGUGAAGGAUCCCCAGCGAGCACUGAAGGACCUGGCCAAGAUUUGUGUCCUGAGCGACUGCACCCUCCUGCUGGCCUGGAGUGUGCGGGUCCCAUUGACUCCAAUGUGGGGGCCCCAUCGAUCCCAUUGUGAGGGUCCCACUGCCCCACUGUGGGGGUCCCCUCACCCCCUAUGUGUGGGUCCCUUUGCCCCCCAGAUGAGCGACUGCUUGACCAGCAUCAGGGCAGUGAACAGGACGGACGCCCUGAGCCUGCUCAGCACCUUUGGGUCACUUGCAGCAAUGGCUGCCGCCACCAAGGAGGAUUUAUCCCUUUGUCCCGGUGUGGGGCCCCAAAAGGCCAAGCGCCUCUUUGAUGUCCUGCAUGAGCCCUUCCUGCAGACCCCCAAGUGAGCGCCGACCCCAAUCCAUAAUAAAAUGGGCUUUAUCCAUGGAA